UUAAAGAAGGAACUGAAUUAGUAUCAUAUGGAGCAUGUAAACGCCGUCACAGGCCGUGCACUGGAUAGUUACCUGUUCUAAUCUAGCAUUCGUAGGUGUCUUUUGAAUAAAAAAGACUGCCAUCCACCUCUACCAUGACCUUCGGGCUGCAAAUUUGAACCUCUUUUCAAAAAUCUAAAUAAAAGUCUAAUAAUGAAUAAUCUUACCAAGGUAUGGAUGUCUAAAAACUGUUUGACCUUUGACCGGAAGACUAAUUCUUUUGUGCCCCUUGAAAAACAGAAUGAACUCUUCCUAGUUUGGUUCCCUUCAUACUUCGAGGUUUAGGUAUAUACCCGGACUAUUUAGGAACUUUAUUAUGUAGAGCAGUUUUCGUACUUGGAUCAGAAGGCUAAAUUGCUGUAAUAUGUCACUGCCGCCAUUAAUGACGAAACCAAAGCCUGAAGAUGGGCGAAAAUACGCAUAUAGAUACUACAGUUUGAUAACUGAUGUAGGUGGAUAUGUAUGCAGGGGCAUAUUGCACUAUGAAAUGCAACGCACGAUAAAGCUCGAAGAUAAUCCAGACAAACGAGAGCUGUCCGAUUUCCUGAAAGCAUACAGAGACAAUAUUGAAGACUAUUAUUAUGGCGGAAAUAAUAAACCGGUUAUUCUGAAGAAACAUCAGCACGAGAAGCUCUUUCCUGAAAGAGGUGAGGCAGACUCCAGUAAAUUUGAUUUGACAUUGAUAUUAUUUUUGUUGAGAACCUGCAUAUUUUGCAACCGGAGCUCAGAAGCUAUGUGGAGAAGAGAACUACAUGAAAUUUAUCCCGAUUCAACAUCUGUGAUAGCUGAUCUUGCCAGAAUAAGAUGUUACAGAAAUAAGUUCCACGACAUUCCAGAUACAAGAAUAUCACUGUCAGAAGAAGACUUUUGGAAAUAUUGGGGCGACCUUAGCCGGAUUUUUCUUCAUCUUGGAAAUUUAUAUGAUAUUCCCGGAGUUUGCAAAAAGAUCUAUGAAUUGCAUCAUAAGCCGUUAGACGAAGUAAGAGAAAAUAGCCUGGAUGACCAAAUUAGACAGCUAAGAGAAGACAUCAGCGACUGGAAAGAAGCUGAUGACAAACUUACUGGAUUACUUCAAACAUUAGACUUAAACCAAACUGAAAUGCAGGAACAGGUUGAAAAAAUUUAUCAGAGAUUAGAUUCUACUGCUCGCUGUCAGCUAGAUACAAAAGAGGUGUUGUCGGAGAAGUAUUUCGUGAAGACAGAACAGUACUUUGAGGUGAAAAAGAAGCUGCUGGACUGCAAUAUUGUUGUUCUAAACGGAGCACCUGGAGAGGGAAAAUCAACCAUGGCGAAGAUGCUGUUUACAGACACUGACAUAUCAAACACAGGAUGCAUGGAAGUAAGAACAAUGGGAGAUAUAGAGAAUAUAAGUUUCGAAAAUUGUAAAUUUGAUGCAAUCUUAAUUGAUGACAUGUUUGGUGCUGGGGUAUUUGAUAAGCAAGAAAGCAGAAAAUGGCAAAAGAUUUUGCCUAGAAUUAAAAAAUGGGCUAAUGGUUCUCCGGAACGUAAGCGAUAUGUCGUUAUUACUUCUAGGACAUACAUUCUGCAAGAAGCAAUGCAGGAUCUGUAUCUUGAUAACAUUUUUGGCAAAGAGAAUAUUUACACUCUUCUUUCAAACGAACUGCGUACAGACGAAAAGCUUUCGAUUUUAAAAAAACAUUUUGCUAUUGACAGAAGUAGAUCUAUCAAUGUCCGCUCUUCAAAUUCAAAUAAAGAACAUACUGCCCUUCUUAAGAAAAUCAGUGAGUUAGAGCUUAAAAACCAUGGCUCAUCUUUUACGGUAGGAUUUCCAGAAUGUGCAAGGUUAUUUGCAAAUAACGCCAGCAUUUACAAAACUGGUGUUGAGUUUUUUCAAAAGCCAAUGGUACACGUUAUGAAAUGUAUUUCUGAGAUAACUGAGAACGAUGACGUCUUAGUAGCAUUUUUUGUUUUAUGGGCCCAAAAAACCCAAACACUAACGUGUAGAGACCUGGAACGUUCUUUUCAUGAAACCUCAGAUGAUAUCAAAAUUCCUAUAUCAAAGCUCCAAUUUAAACCCGAGAACGGAAUAAGAAAUAUCCGCAAAGUAUUAUACACUCAUGCGCAUGAAGAUGGUUUCAUUAUAUUUGACACAGAAAACAAGUUUCGUUUCAGUCACAAUGUAGUCAGAGAUGCUGUUGGUUUAAUUGCAUAUCGCAGAAAUGCAACAGCAGUUUUAGAAUUAUGCGAUGUGGCUUUUAUAGAAAAUUACGUGCGAAUUCAAACAGCAGUUAAUGAGAAUGAAUCUGAACCAAGCGACCAACGGAAAGCGGAAUUACAAAACGUUAAUUUCCAACUUCCGUCGUUCCGGUAUGAUCAGCUCAGUCUUAGAAUAGCAGAUCUGGUUAUCCCGGACAGACCUGAAAUGACAGAUGCGUCAAAACCUGGCCUUUGUCCAGAUACAGAAAUCAAUGCAACGUCAUUGGAGAACUAUUCGAUCUUCAAACAUUCGAUUUUUGCCAGUGAAGAGUUUUGUAAAAUCUUCAUUGAAUCAAACAGGAAAAAAGGAAAUCUCAAAACAAUUCUUACAACAGAAUUGAGAACAAUUACGUCAGAACUGAUGAAAUUUAAGUUUCUUGAGCUUAAUGAACACGAAACUGCGGUCAGAUUACCGUCAUUCUUACUUUGGCAAAAUGAACAAUUAUCGAUUUUGGUGAAGCUCAGUUUCCAUGAAAUGAGGCAAUAUCCAGCGGUUUUUCAACAGGAAACACGUAUAGCAUUGCUUAUUGCAUCAAUGAUCGGUUCGUGUGAAGCAGUUGAAUUUCUUCUAGGGAAUGGAGAAAAAGUAACUUUACAAAUGAUUCUUCUAGCCUAUGAAGCUUUGAAGCGGCCCAGUUCGGGGGUCAGUCUCGGGAAAAUAAAACAAGCAAUAACAUUGUUACAAAAACACUUCGGUGUUACUAAACCAAGUCCUCAGUAUCAAAUACAUAUCGCUGCACUUCAUGGCAGUUUAGACAUUGUUCGGGAAAUUCUAAAAAUACAUCCCUCACAAGCACAAAAUACAUUCACGUUUUCAAAUGGUAAUGAUUUAGAAAAAGCAUCAUUGUACCAUAUUGCAGCAUAUAAGCAAAACAAAAAGCUCAUUGAUUUACUAUUGGCCGAAAAGGUUAAAUCAAAGGCUUUUGACGCCAAAAACAGAUCUCCUUUCCUGUAUGCCAUUUAUAAAGGAAAAUGGAAAGUUGUCAGUACUCUUCAGGAAAUUGCAGAGAAACAUGGCGACGAAAUGACUCCUGAUACAGAAAAAAAUACGCCCCUGCAUGUUGCGAUAAGGAAGUUUGUCAAAGAAAAAGAUGAAACUAGUAAGAAAAUGUUCAGAGAUAUUGCGGUAAAUCUGUGCAUUAAAUGCACAAAAAACAUCAACAUGAUUAAUUCAAAAGGCCAAACACCUUUGCACGUAGCUUGUGCGUUAAAUGCAACAGAUGUAGUUACAGAGCUGUUCAAAAAGAACAUUCAUCUAGCUGAAGAGGAACGAUCACUUAUGCAUGAUUUCGUAAUGAGUGAAAAUAAGACUGCCUUAGAAUUAUUACUGAAGAAAGGCUUCGAUCACACUAUUACGGAUACAGAAGGCAGAACCCCCUUGAUGCUUGCAGAAGCACUAGGCAAAACACAAGUUGUUGAUAUAAUACAAAAAAUCGCCCAAAAUCAGAAUCUGGGACCAUGUCUCUCUGAGAAUGAGCGAAUUACUAAAUCCUCUGAACAAAGUAACAAACUGUCUGAAGAAGUGUCUUUACAAAGUGUAGAAACUGGAGACGUAUUACCAGAUGCAGUUUUACCUACGGAAGCAGAAUCUAGCGCACAAAAUCAGGACAAUUGAAUUUCAUGGGGUUGACAAACACGUUUCGUAAACAUACUUUCUUGACAAACACGUUUCGUAAACAUACUUUCUUGAUAAAGUACCACUUUCAAUGACAUUAUCCAUUAAGUACCUUAAGGUGGGCGUCGAAAAUAUACAUGGACUCGGUGUCUCAAUCAAUACUUUCAAUGUUUCUGUUUAAACAUGUUACGUUUAACUCGGUUGAUUAGUAUGCUGCGCUAACCCCUUAUGAAACAGUAAUGGUACUGAUGACAAACCCGGACAGAUGAUAAAGUCGACCACCAUGUAAUUAUUGGAUUACAAUCGGUUAUUUAUAAAAUCGAACACACCAUCUAAUAGUUUCCACUUACAACACCAACUGGUGUAAACAACAACAAAAUUGGUAAAUAUUCUGUAUAAAUAAAUGACUUACAUUUAUUUGUAUAAAAAAUAUUUAUUACUGGGGAAGAGGGUGUUACUUUUGCGCAUGUUUACUAUCGACACAUGAACGCCUGACAUUAGGUCACUUUUCAAUACUCGAUCAGGAAUGACUGUUGCAGGUUUUAGGGGAAAGUUUCAAUAUAAUACUACGAAGAAAAUUUUGUAAAUGACAAAGUGGUCGAAUUUAUCAUCAGUCAACGUUCAUACAGUCCUUAUUUUACAAACCCCUUUCAGGGCCUUACUUUAUUCUAGUUUGCUUACUAAAUAUAAAUUUGAACUAUGUUUUCAGCAAAUGUCAAGCUUUAUUUUGAUACCGACCAUUGAUUACAAUUUGCAGAAAUAAAAAGGUUACAGGUAAAAAAACCUCAAAUUCUCUUCCGGUUUAUCAUCAGUACCAGUAUCCAUCCAACCGAGUCGGUUACUAAGACUGUGACUAUAAACAUAUCUGGUGGUCCUGUGAGAUAUGACUGACUCCGUUAUAUACCGGAUUCAAGCGAUUUGAAUGAUAACUAUCAUCAAUUUAUAUACAUGUUUGUAUUUUGUAACCACGGAAUACUUAACUUCAGUCACAGUAUACAUAAUAUACACUAAAUGCCCGCGGACAUGCAAUUAUUUGGGUAUUUUUUGCCGGGCACUCCAACUGAUAAUCACUUCCGGACAUGCGCAGCAGAGCAUUUAGCAAUAACGUAUUUUCAUACUGUAUUAACUUUGCAUGCUUUAAAUUAUUCCAUGGUCUGAAAAGUAUUGAAAACGGAGGAAAUUACCGUAAUAGACACUUGUUUUCUACGAUAAACAGCACCCUGUAAUUUUACCCCAACGUGGAUCAGUUACGAAAACCUGAACCGUGUAGGGGCAAAAUGUGUAAGUAUAAGUACUGAUAAACUUAAUUUCUCAAGAACUGAUCACAAAACGUGCUAGGUUGUAUGGUUUUAGUAAAAUGUUUAAGUCUUGUUUCUACACUUUCAACGAGGCUAAACAAGGUCAUUUUAGAUAACCCCUGUUAAACAUUCAAAAUCAAAAGACGAAGUUUUACAGCGAAUUUCCCUGUUAGAUGCUAAUCUUAUUUCGUAAAGGUAUCAGUCAGGAUUUAUUAUAUUGUUUAUUAAGGAAUUCACAUCUAUUAAAAUUAUACCAGAUCUUACAGUGAAAUAUGAUAUUAUAAAAACCAACACCAAUACCCAUCAUUAUCGAUUUCCGUAAUCGAUUUCAGCAGACACAUCACCCUAGGUGGAGUACAUCUGGUAACAAGCGUGUUCCUUGGACAAUUUUAAAACGUUACUCUUGCCGUAAAAUAAAGGCAUUAAUAAUUGCGAAAUAUUUUUGUCAGAACCAGUCAACCACUUCCCCUAUAGAAAAAAUGCAGUUAUAUUGUGUCUGCUCUUUAUUUCUACUUUUCUGAGAAUAUACAUUUCAAACACAACAUAAAUUACAAUUGAUAAUCAGUUUUAGCAUACAUUAUAUAAACUGCAUGAAUUAUAAAAGUAGUUAAAGUCACCUUUCUUUGAAUACAUAAAUAGAGACAAAAGUUGAAAAAUUCUAAGCGUACAUGGUCAUGAUUCAUUACAGAAUACAUAUUCAUGAUGAAAUAACCGUAUUUGUCCACUAAUCAAUUAAACUAUUGCAUCUUUGCAAGUAUUGUAGAGCAGUUAUCAAGUGUUUACCUAGUCAUGAUAUGUCUGUCAAUGUAAUCAAACUAAAACUGAAUAAAUUCAUCGAAAGAGAAAGAAGAGAAUUAAAUCAGUUAGCAAGUCAUGUCUGAAUGAUUCAGCAUGGCUUUGUAAUAUCAAUCAAAAGGAUCAAAAUCUGUAAUUCAUUUCGUUUCUGUAAUUGUACGUAAAACAAAUUGUUUCAAGAUUUUGAUAUGAAAUUAUUUCAAUUUGUUUUAAUGCUUGAUUUACUUCAGUUAACUAAGUUAAUUAUAUCAAUAAAGAUUUUACAUCUACCUAGCAUAAACUGACCAUCAAAAUAUAGUGUCUUAUUCCGUAGAAUUUUUCGUCAUAUUCACCCCUUACGGGCAAGUUAGAAUAUAUUUAGCACACAAACAUGUCAUUUAAAUGUACAUAUUAUAAUAAUGUUUUUGAUAAAUCUAUAUACAUGUAUUUUUUUGCUAUAAUAGGAAAGAAUAAAAGUUUGAUAUAAUAUUUACUUGUAUAGUCAUUUUUGUACAAUCUAGCAAGUUUUUUUUUCUAUGUAUCGUAUCUAUAUUAGUACAUUCCUCUUGUAUUAUAUAUAAAGAAUUAUUCUGGUUGAACUUUUGUAUUAUAUAACGAGUGCAUAUUUUUGUUUUAUGCCUGUGUGUUUUACCUAUUUUUCUAUGUCAAACUGCAGUAAUUUAUGACAAUGAAUAUUGUCACUUCAUUUUUGAAUGUGUGACUUAAGGUAUGUGAUCCAUGCUGUCAACUGGCAAAUUCCGUUCGAUAACGUAUUUUAGAUUUUCGUAUUCGAUUUUUCUUGUUGAAUGGAAAGCCUUGUACUCGCAGGAGUUUCAUUUUCUAGGUAAUUUAGCUAAAAAAGUUAAAAAUACUAUUUAAUCUAGCCUAUCAGUUUUUAUUUUUAUAGUGUAAGUAUAUACACUCAUUUCCAAAAGCUUAGUUUUCUGUUAUUUUUUCUCGGUUAUUUUCAUGAAAACUUAUAAUGGUACCAAAAUUUAAAUCAGUUCGUAAACAAAUUGGUGUGCAUUUUAGAUUUUGAGUUAUACCUGAGAGUAAGUGUAUGAAAAAAUGAAACAAAAACGUGAAGGAUUUUUUUUUUGAAAUAUUUAAACUUAAAAACUGUACACUUUCUUUUGGAACUGAGUAUACAUAUUCAAUAAUAAUAGCAAAUUGUAGAGUGAUAUAAUCACCCAAUAGAUUUAUUGGGCAACCUUCAUUAACUCUGAAUAAUCAUUAAAGCCUUAUCUAGUCACCCAGUGCGCAUUGUUUGUGUUUUAAUUAUUACUUUGUUUUAAAUAUAUGGUAGUUGUGUAUAACAUUUCAAUUGUUAGAUAGUCUCUUAUAUUCGGUAUCGAAUAGCCAUAUACUUGUUGUAAUACGUUGUUUUAAUCGAAUAAUGUUGUUUGUCUAGAUGUGUUUAUAUGUGCUUGUGAAAAAGGCUUAAAUAAAGAUAUACAUUAACUUAUCAGUCGAAGUAUUGCCACGGCAAUUGCCGAUUGACAUUACGUUUCAAUUUCGUUUACAUACAUGGCUGUUUCACAUGAGUCACCUGUUCAAAAUGUUUUGUUUAUGCUUAGUAGGCAUUAGAGUUCAUUCAUCCAGGCUAUGCCAACUUUAUUUAAAAAUACUUCAAUGAUAAAAACGGUUUCUCUCUAGAUGGCCAUAUUUAUAAUAAAUUCAUUUUUUGAUGCUUACUGGAAAGCUUUAAAAUUAUGAAAAGAUUUUCUUACUUAUGCCUUUCGAAGACGCAAGAUUUCCCCUUGAAUAAAAACAUUUUAGAAAACAUGUAUGUGAGUGUUUCAGAAUUUAUUUCAACAGUUUUUGGUUUUGAAUUACUUAGUAUCUUUGAGUAGCUGGCAUACUGCUGCUGACUAGCAUGUUUACUAGUUACAAUCACUCGGUAAAAUAUUAUUUGUACAAUGAUUUUUAUAAUGAAUUUUGUAAAUAUAUACAUUUAUAUUUUUGAUAUUUUGUACGUAAUGCUGUGUAGUUAUAUCUAUUAUGAUGUCUGAUUUAAUAGGUUGUAGGAGGUUGAUAAAGUUCAAGAAUCCAAAAGCCAUAUUUUGUUCUGUAACAAUUUUCUUGUGAGUUAAAAUUAUAAUUAUAACGGUACGCAAAUAUGUCAUUCAAAUGCAUGCGUAUUAUAAUGUUAUUGAUAAAAAUGUGUAGGUUAUAAAAUAUUUAUUGACCUUUUAAUCAAAUAAAGUGUUGCAGUAACAGAGCCCACGAAUUGACAGGAAAACAAAUUCAUUAGAAGAUCAAUACGUAAGCUAUAACCUAUGAAUAGUUUAACAAGUAAAAAACGGUAAGUUACUAUUACAUCUAGCAACCACCAUAUCAGCACAUCACUACAUGGUCUAAUUAAUGGAUUCACUCUAAAACAAGUAGUGCAUAAUCCGGCAUAAUAAAGUAAUAAGUGAAUCAAAAUUCCAAAAUUUCUGGUGGCUGAUUGAAUUUAAACUAUGCGUAUACGUUUGUUAUAAUAUAAGGAGUAUAUUUAAUUUUGGUAUUUAAUUUUUUUGCAUAACCCUUUAAAAGUGAUUCUUGUUGCAAAACUAAUAUUUGGGAUGAACAGUUGAUACGCCUUAUAUUGCUUUAUAUCUAUUGUAUGUAUUUUUAUAUUUGAUACCAGUUUUGCACAAAAGUCUAUUUUUGUACCCCCCGACAACAAAGUUGUAAGUGGGGGGUAGGGGUAUACUGGUUUCAGGUUGUCUGUCUGUCUGUCUGUCCGUCUGGCCGUCUGUCCGUAGACGCAAUCUUGUGCGCACCAUCUCUCCUUAUCCCCUUGACAGAAUUUAAUGAAACUUCACACAAGUGAUCAGUACCAACAGUAGUUGUGCAUGGGGCAUGUUAGGUUCUUUUAGAAAAAAAAUUGGCAGAGUUAUGGGACUUUGUUUUUUUGUUACUAUACUAUAUACAUAGGCACAAUCUUGUGCGCACCAUCUCUCCUCAUCCCCUUGACACAAUUUAAUGAAACUUCACACAAGUGAUCAGUACUAACAGUAGUUGUGCAUGGGGUAUGUUAGGUUCUUUUAGAAAAAAAAAAUUGCAGAGUUAUGGGACUUUGUUUUUUUGUUACUAUACUAUAUACAUAGACACAAUCUUGUGCGCACCAUCUCUCCUCAUCCUCUUGACAUAAUUUAAUGAAACUUCACACACGUGAUCAGUAACAACAGUAGUUGUGCAUGGGGCAUGUUAGGUUCUUUUAGAAAAAAAAUUUGCAGAGUUAUGGGACUUUGUUUUUUUGUUACUAUACUAUAUACAUAGACACAAUCUUGUGCGUACCAUCUCUCCUCAUCCUCUUGACACAAUUUAAUGAAACUUCACACAAGUGAUCAAUAACAACAGUAGUUGUGCAUGGGGUAUGUUAGGUUCUUUCAGCGACAAAAAUUGCAGAGUUAUGGGACUUUGUUUCUUGUUUACAUACUAUGUACAUACAGUCUGCAUAUGCAAUCUUGUGCGUGCCUAAUCUACCAAACCAUUGCACACAAUUUAAUGAAACUUCACACAAGUGAUCAGUACCAACCCUAGUUGUGCAUGGUGCAUGUUACAUUCUUUUAGAUAAAUAUUCUGCAUAGUUAUGGGACUUUGUUUUUUGUUAUUAUACUGUAUACAUACAGUCUAUAUACAUACAGUCCACAUAAUUAUGCAAUCUUGUGUGUGUCAAAUUGCAAUGUACUGUGUCAGUGCAUGCGGGGGGUACAUUCAUCACCUUUAGUGAUAGCUCUAGUUAUCUCACAUUGUAAUAUUGUAUUUUUUGUGAAGCUUUGACAGUAUGAGGAGAUUGAAAGUUUUCAUUUCAUCAGUGAUUGUGUAGCUGUAAAAAAGUUUAACUUGACAUUAAUUGUUUCAAAAGUGCCAUUUGCUUUACGCUUGUUUUGCAUUUAUUGUAGGCAACAGUGUUUAAUAAAUUGACUUGUUUCAAUUUAGGAAAGUUAUUGAUACUGUAUUUUUAUCUGUUAAAAAGCCUUCGGAUUAUCAAUAGAUGAGGAAAUAUACUUUUCAGUGAUUUCCUUUGUAAGGUUUUAAGUCCAUCACUGACAGUAUUAAGAGUACGAAAAUAUCACAUAUGUAUGACCUAUUAUUGUGUCGGCGUGACGUUAACCCUAACAAAAACAAAAAUAUAUAUACUCAUUGUAUUAUGUUACCCAUAUGAUAAAACAGUUAUUGAUUCUUGAGCCACUGGAUAUGAUGUUAUACUCACCGAAGAGGGCAAUAUUGACCGAUAUGAUUCACUGGAAGAGGGUAAAUAUUAACCUCGACUAUUGCCUAAUAGUGCCCUCAUCCGGUGAAUAUCACAUCUUAUUACAUACUCGUUUUUAUUCCUCGUUAAGUUGCAUUGGUACCGGAAACGUCAAUAUUUUUCCAUACACUGACGCCUGAAUUUCAUAUCGGGUGCUUGACGUAAUUCAGCGUGUGUUGUUGCACUACUUUUUCUUCUUAGUUCAGUAUUGUCAAUCUUUUUCAGGCUAAUGAACAAAUCUAUGUUAUUUACAUUAUAUUUACAUGUGUAGAUGCGUCUGUAAUAAAAAGGUUAUUAUCUUUGCAUCGGGAAAUAUGCACCCGUUCUUCAGUGGAAGAAUAUUGCGCUUCUAUAGUUGCGCAAUAUUUCCGCUGAAGAACUCGUGCAUAUUUCCCGAUACAAAGCUAAUAACCUAUAAAUAUCAAAUGCAACCCAUUUAAGUAAAAGAAUCACCGUCUAAUAGAACAUUCCUAGAUUUUUUUAUCCCUUGAUAAUCUUAUCAAUUCGUAAAAAAGGUUUUAUCUCAAAUUCGUUCAGCAAAUAACUAGAAUAAUGUUAAGGUUAAAAAGUGAGAAAAACAUCUAAAAGAGUAUGAUACCGAUGGUGUUUGAACUCAUGCCCUGAAAAAAAAGAAAAAUAUAUUCAGUCAUCUUGGCUACGGAGUCAUUUGAAUAGAAUUGUAAGAUAUAUGUGCCUCAUGUUCUAUGCAUUCUUCCAAUGCUAUAAUGAUUUCUUUCAUGAUGACAAUGUAUAUAUUUACGAAGAAUGACAGUUACAUAUUUUUAUUUUGCAAUGCCAAUUACUGCUUUGCAUGUUUUCUCCCGUGUUCAUGCAUUUAUUUAUUUAUUUUUAUUUUGUAUUUCUAAGGACAACAUUGUACUAAAUUGUAAGGAAAAAAAAUCAUCAACUUGACUUCAUGUACUCAUCUGUAUUUUGUGUAAAUGUCAAUUCUUUAAAACUAUUCAUGAAAUUUACGGUGGCUGCCAUGUUAAUUGUUUAUUGCAGCAAGUUGAAAUACAUUCAAUUUCAUAUUCAACUGCAGCAUGCUUUUAUCAGUUUGUUUAAUGUGUAUUGAUAUGGUAUUAGAAACAUAUUUUUAUAAGAUCUUUAAUAAUGAUGUAUUGUCCCUUAUUAUACAUUUUUUUUGUGAAAGAAGUCCGCACUAUAUUUUACGUCAGCGUAGUCUAAAAUGUUCUUUACCAUUUGAUAUUACAUGCAAAAUAUGUUGUCAUUGCAUGUUACUGUUCAUAUUUUUUGUUGUAUGCCAUGCUAUUUGUAAUUUUACCAUGUUAACGUAUUUAAGGAAGAGAUAUCUUACCAAAUUCUGAUUGGCUUAAGAAAUUCCGAAGUGAUGUCUAAUUAGUUUAGGCAUUUCUUCUAAAAUAGCGAUAAGCCUCACUUUAAUCGGGGCAGUUGCGAAGGCGCCAUUAAUUAUAUUUGUCAACAAUAACUAUCACGCAAUCUUCAAUCAUUCUUACUAAUAGUAAGUAACUUAUGAACCUUUCCCUAAAUUUCGGAUUACAAACUUUAGGAUCAAUGAAUUAGCAUUAUUUGAAUACAACUACAUGUGAAAUGUAUAUAUAUAAAAUCAUUUUAGUACGAAUUUAAAGAAAUCAAUCCUAAAAUACGGAUGUUAUGAUAUUUAAGAAUACUGGACAUUUACCAUUUUCCAAGGCAACUGUCCCAAUUUGAGAGAUGGUGCACUUCAAGUUUUCUGAUUAAUAAGGAUUUAGGAGUGUUAUUUUGUAUGUUAUUGUCAGUUAUAAUGCAUUAUUGCAUGUAAAAGAUAGAAUUAUUACUAAUAUUGCUGUCGUUUUCUAUUCCUUGCUACUCCUUGUUUAUUCAAGCAGCCCUAUCCAAUGGUCUCGUAAUUAUAGCGUAUUUUAUUAAAAUAUCCUGGUCCCCUGACUACGCAUUAAGGGAUUUUAAUAUCACUUGGCACAAAUGUUCUCCAUGAUGAGACGACGUGUCAUGCACAAAACCCAGCCCACUGGCUCAAAGGUCAAGGUUACAAUUGGGGGUCAAAUGUAAAUAGGGCUUUUUUCCUGUCCGUUCCAUAGCUCUGUAAUCCACGAAGGGAUUUUGAUACUACGAGGUACAAAUGGACCCAUGAUGAGACAUCGUGCCAUGCGCAAAACCCGGACCCCUAGCUCAAUGGUCCAUGUCCUAAUUGGAGGUCAAAGAUGAAUAGUUUUUUUUCUUGUCCUGUCCAUAACUCUGUCAUCCAACAAGGGAUUACAAUAUUCUUGGCAUAAAUAUUCUCCAUGAUGCGACUCCCACAACACUAGCUUAAAGGUCAAGGUCACACUUGAAGGAAUUUUCCUGUCCGGUCUAUAACUUUGUCAUGCAAAACAUGAUUUCAAUUUCAGUUCGCAGAAGUAUUCUCCUGGGUGAGACCAUGUGUUAUGCGCAAAAUCCUGGCCCUUAGCUACAAGGUCACACUCGGAAGUCAAAGGCCAAAACGGCCUUUUUUGUGUCCAGUCUGUAACUCAACAAUUCCUAAAGGGAUUUUAAUAUUACUUGGCAUAAAUGUUUACCACCAUAAAACGGAGUGUCAGGCGUAAGAACCAGGUCCCUGGGUGUAAGGUCAAGGUCGCGCUUAGAGGCCAAACAUCAGAUACAAGAAUAACUUUUUCUGGAGCACUUCGUCUUCAUGCAUGAAGGGAUUUUGAUGUUACUUUACACAAAUGUUUACCACCAUGAGACGGAUUGUCAUGCACAAAAACCAGGAAGUUAGUCUAAGGUCAAGGUCACACCUACAGGUCAAAGGUCAAAUGCUUUUCUUUUUCAUGCGUUAAGGGAUUUUGAUGUAACUUGGCACAAUUGUUCUCCACAAUGAGACACCAUUGUUUUAGAAUUAUGUCCAUUUUGUUGUUACUAUAAAUAGAUUAUAUUGUAUUUAGUUAUUACUGGCAGAAGGGAAAAAUCGAGACCACUUUUCUGUGGUGCAAUAUGCAGGUUACAUCCAAUUUUGGGUGUAUUUUGACCUAUCUCUUCCUGGUAAAGAGUUUCUCAAGGACUUAUAUAAUAUAGAUUUUUUAAAACUUAGGAAUAAUUUCUUUUUGUUGUUACUAUAAAUAACUUAUAUUGGAGAUGGUACAUGUACCAAUUCAAACUGUAACUGAUAUAAGUUUCUGUUGAAAACUCAAUAUUGUAGUACCUCAAUAAUAUAAUUGUUUAACUUUCAUACUUCAUUUCUCACGCUGAAAGGCAAUAUUUAAUCCGAAAAAUUUGGUCAUACUUGGAAAAGUGAAGUCAGUGAAACAAAAAGUUAAGCAUUAUCUUCCAUUUUCAAAUGAGCUAACAUUAAGAUUACUUGUUUAUAUAGUACUGCUGAUGAUUUACUUUUAUGGUAUGGUCAUAGGAAAGAAAACAUUAUUCGUAAGGAAAAAUAUAAAUAGACUAUAUGAAUUUUAUGACAUCGAAUUCCUUAACAUUUUACAAAUUUCGUUCGUGAAGGAUAGUCAAGGCCAAUAUACGAGAUAUAAGAAUGUAUAUUCUAACUGAUGGUCACACCAAAACCAUACAAAAACUUUACAGAAAGACGUUAUUGCACUUUUCAUACCCCGCUCCUUGUGUUUUCAAAUGUACCUAAUUUGCAUAUUGAUCGUGGCGUGCGGAAUCGCAGUUACCUUACGGAGUCUGCCGUUACAGAAACUUCUGUUAAUAUAAUGCAGACGUUCUUUAGUAUAAAUAGAAUUGUUGUGUUAGUUAAAAGGAAAUGACAAUCUCCUCUCUUUAGCUAAUCCGCCAAAAACAACGAAGCCGAUGUCGCUGUCAAAAGUUCCCGUAUUUAUUGUACGGUGCUAUAUUUAAAUAUUGCUAGUGUGCGAUAAGCGAUAUGCACUUCAGUUUUGCACUUGGUUUGUUGUUGUCGUUGAAUACAUAGCCUUAGGUACCAUCUCUGCUUAUAUGUUAACUAUUUUAUAAUCAGCAAAAAAGUUCCAUAUGAAAACAACUGUAGGUUUUUGUAUAUGCAAAUUUUAGUCCAAGUGUUUUGUUAUAACAUACUGCAUAUAUAGUACAAUAUUGUUUAUAAAUCAUUGACAGAUAUAAGUUCAUUAUGUUAUACUGCAGUAGAGAAAAUUAGGUGCCUUUCAGUAGAGGACAUUGUAUGGCAUGGCAAUACUUCAUUCACUUGUGUUAUGUAAUUUUAUCAUACUUAUAUUUAGUAAUAUUUUUCAUGAACUUUUAUAUUCUCUUUAAAAUUUAAAGAGAAUAAUUUUUCUAUGUUUUUAUUGAAAAAAAUGAUGCAUGAUUGUAAAAUACAGAUUAAAGCAAGUCACUUUUUCUUUAUUUUAGUUUUGAUACAUACUUAAUUUCUGUGUAUAUAGAUAAAACUUAACCAGGUGGACAUCUUAUUCAGUGAAUAAAGUUUUGGUGCAAG